GAAGCUUGAGAAUCACCACAGCUGUGCUCAUUUUGUGAACGAGGACGGAAGCAAUAUCGAGAAAACCCGCAUUACACGGCAGUUAUAACUUUUGGGGCAAGCCCGUACUAUAUAUAGCUUAGCUAUAGUUGAAGUGUUUUUAUUAAUUCGUACACGUGAAAAUUUGAACGUGAUUACUAUUUGAAUACGAAGUAUUUUAAAUUAAAUUCCACUCUUUUUAGUAAUAGCGCAAGCGGGUUAAACAACCCACCUUUAGAAUAAUUUUACAUUGGAGUUUUGAGUAUUACGUUAAGGGGAUAGAAUAAUAAACGACUAAACGAAUGAAGAAGACCUGGCAUAAAAGCCUUUUACACAGUAUUUUCCUUAAUUUCACUACGAUCAUCCGUUGGUGUUGUGGGCGCGCGCGCUUUUUCCCCGUGACCCAACAAGUCCGCCAUUUUGUGGUGGGGGAGGGGAGCAGGGGAGGGUGGGGGAAGGGAGAGCUAGGAAACAAGAUGGCCGCCGGUCGCUUGAAGCGAAUAGCUUCACCGGCUGUGAGUGAAAGCACUAGCGAAGCGCGGCAGCAGCACCACGGACUCAACUUGGCGGUGUCGUCAUCAUCACUGCCGCCGCUAUCGUCGUCGUCUUCUUCACCAGCGUUCUCGUUGCCCUCGUCUUCGCCGCUUUCAUCUGCGGCCUCUAAUGGCACUUUAGACGAAGACGCAGGGGAGGAAAAUAAUAAAAAUAAAAAACUCGCCGACCCUUUAUAUUUUUCCGUCGGCCGUAUGGACUCUCUGUUCUUGGCCCGGCCGACUAGAGUGCGGCGGCGCCCGGAGACCGAGCCUUUUUACCACGGCGAGAGUUGCGCUGUGGCCGUUCAGGGAGGAGCGAAAGAGCCUGAGACAAAAACUUAUAAUCACCACAACCAUCACAACCACCGCCACCAUUCUCCUCACCGGCGGCACCAUCGCCACCACCAGGCCGGCGAGUUGCAACAGAGGCGGGUGAGUUGUACGGAAGCCCCCGGCCUCGGCCUAAAUAGGGGGGAUUCGCAGAUUUACGGCAAGCGUCAGGACAGAAUGAAUUCUGAUGGAGUUUUCUGUGCCACGGGCGACGAGAAAGAGAUGGGUAAAGUUACGGAUUCGAGCACCAGCGGCAAUGGCUUGAUGAAAGAAACGCCUUGUCUCAGCUGUGACUCUGGCCUGGUGAAUGGCACUAACAAAGCGGUGGGCGGCUGUGGCGUCCAGCGGAGCAACGGCGCCAUCUCGCUAAAUUCGGCCUCGCCUGGAAAGGGAAACUCGGAUAAAAGACGCUGGCACAGGCUGCAAAGAAGUACUAACACCUCUGCAACUGAUUUCGGCCUGCUGACGAAAGGCAGCGGCAAAAUCCCCAACCUCGAGUAUGGAUGUCGAGCGGAUCUUCAUGGCUCCAAACCGGUGGGAGUUUCGUUCAAACCACACUGCGGCGAGAUAAAUCUAAAUUGUCUGGGGACUGAGACCCAAAAAACAAAAAAACAUACUCCUGAGAGCAUCAGCACAAACACGACUAACCACCAUAACAGUCUCAGCAUUGCUAGCAGUCAGAAUAAUUUUAAUGUUAGCCAGGAUGAGGUGAGUGCUCAGAGUUUAGUAGUUGCAAGUAAACAAGCUGAGAUCAGGACCAGGGCUCAUCGACUCUGCAAGCGUUUGCAAGUUGUGCAAGCUAAGCAGGUGGAGCGCCAUGCCCAGCAGCAGCUAGCAGGUUUGGUGGGACAUAGUCUAAAGCAAUUUUCUUCCACUUUCACCAAAAGUCUUAUUAAUAACUGUAGUAGCACUAAUAAUAAAUAUGCAAGCACUUUGCAUGGGAGUGGCAACCUGCAGAGGAGUACUUUUCCAAGGACGGAUCCAGAAGUAGAUGCUGAUGGUGUUCAUUCCUGUUCUAGUUCUUCCCUCGGAUUUGGGGAGAGCAAUAAAUGUUUACUAUCUUCACUGAAUGGGGAUACUUUCUCUGGUUUUGUGAAAGAUCGAGCUAUCUCUGAGGAUCUACUGAAAUUGGUGUCCAGUGUGACUGCAAAACUCAGAACUUCUGAGCGAGCAUUUGAUUCUGAUGCCACAGAAAGCAGCUCAGGGGGUGAGACUGAUUUGGAAGAGGAUGGUACAAAUGAUGCAAAAUUGGAGUAUCGGCAUGCAAUUCUACACCGUCGCUUGGAGUGGAAAUGGGCUGUGGAAAGGGCAGCAAUUGUCAACCGCUGGACAUGGUUGCAAGCUCAGGUGUCUGACCUAGAAUACCGAAUACGGCAGCAGACAGACAUAUACAGACAGAUCCGUGCAAACAAGGGUCCUGUUGUCCUUGGUGAUGCUCAGUUGCCAGAAGAUCUGCUGAAGCACCAGUGCCGGUUAGUAACACCAUCCUCAGCUGCAGGCUUGCAGGGCCUAGAGAUGCACUCCAGCUCAACAACCGAUUCAAAGCUGUCUAUUAUGAAUAACAAAUGUGACCUCUCACCGUGCAGCCCAUCUCUUCUCUUGAGGAACAUUGAUAAACAGAGUUCUCGCCUUACACAGUCUUUGGGAAACCUUAUUUGCCCUUCCAGCCCUUCUUGUAGUUCCCCUUCAAACUCUUCACUAUUGCCUAAAGUGUGUACACCACCAAGGCAACUCAACGGGCUGUUGAAUAGUUUGCAUUCUAGUCCUUUGGAUAGCAGCUCACUUGACAGUUCAGAUACUGAGGAGAUUCUGAGUAAAAAGCAACGGCUUGAUGGACUCAAUAUCCCUCCAUCACCACCAGACAACAGCUGUGUUGCUGCCAGAGUUCGACCUGUCCGGAGGUAUAGGAAGCGGAGGCUGGUCCGAUCUAAUAUAGCAUGUUAUCUUGGCAGAAAGGCCCAACGCCCCCUCAGUAUUAAAUGUAGCUGUGACUGGCCUACCACAUGUAUUUUAUGUGGUUCUAAAACCAUGAUGCAGACUAUGGAUCAGACCAAUAUGCCUCCGCAGGAACGUGUGGCUAUAAUAGAACCCUGCUACCACUCCAUAUUGUCACUUCCACAAGACACACCUCUUCAUAUGCACUUUGAAGGUUUACUCAAGCAGGAAGAACAUCAAAAAUGUCCACAGAAAUUCAAGCCUUUGAGGUUGUUGUCACAUGUGAAGCAGAGACCCCAAGAUUCUGCAAAGAAAGUCUGUCAAAAGCUUGCCUCAUCCCUUCUCUCAUCAGCCAAAUACGUACAAAGUGGAAAUUCACCAGAAAAGAUCUUCAAAAGGCGACCAGAUCACUGGCAGCCAUCUUCAAAAUCAGACGUUGAUCCUUUCACGGAAAAACUCAGCACACAGAUAAAGAAGCAGAGAGCACCUGUACAUUUAGCCUUCAGUAAGCGACACAAACCGGCUUCGGGUUCAUACCCUCCAUUGCUGAACCCCCAGACUCCAAAACCAAGUUCAGUGGUACACCAGUUGCCUUCGUAUACAGAUACCCCAUCACUUUCAGCUGUACACAACCAGCCUGCAACGUCCAGUACUUCUACGCCAUAUGCACGACGGAGAAGAGGUGAAAGUUCAUUUGACAUAAACAACAUUGUUAUUCCCAUGUCAAUGGCUGCAGCAGCUCGAGUGGAAAAACUUCAGUAUAAAGAGAUCCUAACACCAAGUUGGCGAAUUGCAGAUAUCAAACAGUCCAAGCAGCAAAGUUGCAUGUUGGAGGAUGACCAGUAUGAGGAGAUGUCUGAUGAGGCCUUUCUUAGUCGUCAUUCCAAAUGCGAAGAAAUGGAACGUUCUAGAUGGUGCCUGUGGUCAUCAUCCAGCUCUGUGAGGCGAGGAAGCAGAUCUUCAAAUAAAGCUGAUGGCAGAUCCACCCCACAACCGCAGCAGACAAACACACAGCCUGCAUCACCUGACAGUGGAUAUCACCUCCUAAAUGAGGCCUCAUUUACUGGCCCUGUCAGUCCUGAAGCUUGCUCAUCAGUCAGUUCCUUUUCCUCAAAAGAUCGUACAAGAGUCUUGUCCUUCAGUGAGGAUACACGAUCAUCAACACCUGAGGUCACAGAUGAAGAAGUACAGAUGGUGCAACCAUGGGAGCCAAGAAUAUUUCCCUUAUCAGCUGAGGACUUGGAGGCGCUGAAAGGACAUUGCAGUUCCCAGAGAGAAAACCGCUGUGAACGAUCAAGAGACCUACACUGGUUGUCAGCUAACAAGUCGGGUGUGAGGACUGAAGCUGCUGCAUGUGUCUCUUCGUUGACAGCAACUCCAAGUGCUCCCCCAUUUUUACAAGAUGACGAUAGUACUGACUUGAAAUUGACUCUGGCAAUAGAAAAUGAUCAAAGUAUUGCUAGGUGAAGAUGAUGCACCAGUAAAUUAGCAACUAGGUGUAUGUAGCUGACAGAUCUUGUAUAUACAUGCUGUAUCUAUAUAUAAAUAUAUAUAAAAUACAUCUGUACACAGAUGCGCGCGUGCACACAUGCACACACAUUUUAGUGUAUAUACAUAUACGUAUAUGAUAUAUAAUGUAUAUAUAAAAUAUAUAUAGUAUAUAUGCAUAUGUGAUAUAUGGUAUAUAUACAUAUAUAUAUAGAGAGAGAGAAACAACUGUUAUUUUGUUUUUAAUGUUUGAUAUUCAAACAUCUAUUUUUGAGAGAAUGCAUAUAUAACUUCUUUUCAGUGGGCUUUUUUCCAUUUCUUUUCAAAUUGAUGUACUGUAAAUUGUACCAUGGGUUGGGGGGUGGGGGUGGGAUAUGACCAUGGGAAAUGGUCACAAAUGUAAAGAAUACAAGGUCCUGUAUGUUAGAGUGAUGUCAGUCUGUGCCAAUUAAUCAGGAAGAGAGAGUUUUAGAGAUUGAAAACAAAGCUAUUUAAAACAAAAAAAAAUGGGAGCGGGAUGGGGACAGGAUUCCUCCCUGGAAAGAGUAGAAAUAGUUUCUCCUGUUGCAGUAAAUCCUUGGGCUUGUCUUCAUUAACACUGCUGAAUUCUAGAAUACUUGUGCUGUUGUAUAGCAUGCCCGAGGAGUGGUUGACUGACUGUAUUUGCCCUAUAUUAAAUUACUACAGUUCUUGUUUACCAUUUGUGUUUCUGCUGUAACUCUCUAAGUCAUGGCCUUUCAUACAAGGCUGCUCAGUAGUUUGCUUCAUUGAUUUUUUUCAUAUAUGAGCAGGUAAUAUGAAAGAGAAUCAAAAAGACAUUUACUUGACAAAUAAUAAAUGGGCUUUCAAAAUUAGUGUCGGGCUAAAUUUGGAUUAAAAAUGAAUUAAAAAUGUGGAGGGCGAAGGCAGUACAGUGACCUUAACUGGGUCUUCCUGCAUCAUUCUUCAGUAAAACAAUGCAUGCAGUCUAUAUCAGUGUAAAGGGGUGCUAGUAGAUGAAUUGGAAGGGUUGAAAAUUAAACUAAUACCAGUCACAUCUAAUAUCACCUAAAUGAAAUACCCCAAAUUUACUAUCAAAGUGGAGAUAUUAGGGCCUUUUCACCACAAUCAUAAAGUUUUCAUUAAAUAUUGAAUGGUGUCAUAGGAUUAGGAUUUAAAUGCACAUCAAAAAGUAAUAAGGGGACUGAAGAACUGUCAGCCUAUCAUUGGUGGCAGGGAAACUAUAAUACAAAAAUCUGCAACAAAGUUGUCAAUUCAGAAAUGUGGGUUAAUAAAUUGCGAGCAAUAAGUUGUUACUUUCUGUGCAUCCUGGAACAAAUUUAUCAUUAACACUUUUCGAUUCUGAGGAAAAGUUAAGCAACCUUAAACUAUUUAGCUAGACACACUGCAGAUGCUCACUAAUCUGUUCUGAAUCUGUGGAGUAACUAAAAGCUGAUAGACUAAGUACUGAUUUAUUGCAGUUAGCAAGCAAUCAAAAUGUACUGGGAAUCUAGGGAUCAUGGUAUUGCUUUUUUCCCCCUUUGCUCCCACCUAUUGUCCAUCUGCCUCUAUUUUCUAACUCCACCUCUCCCCCAUUCUCCUCCCUUAUGUGGCCUCAUCUGCUCAUAAUUCUUCACCUUUCCUCUGUGUACUAAUCAUCUACUAGCUCCUAUCUCAUCCUUUUAGUAUUUGUACUUGCUGUCUUUCCUCUUCACUCUGCCCUGUUGAAAGUUUGACAGAAUUCACAACUCCUUCCCCACACAGAUGGUGCUUGACCCGAAUUCCUCCACCAGAUUGUUGCUCCAGUGUCUUGUACCUUAAUCUGACAAAGUUUGGAAAUUAAUAAAUUAUGAUAGGAAGAAAAGUCUUUAAAAACACACUUGUUAUUG